AUGGACUCCGCGACCGAGCGCGUGGGUGAGACCAUAUCGGGCGACGCGGCGGUGACCGCCACGAGCGGAUUGAUCGACGCGCCCUCCUCGUUCGACCCCGUGGGCAUCGCAGCCACCGCCAUCGAGCAGGCGCACGUGAUGACCGGCCUCCCGUGGUGGGCCACCAUCGGGUGCACCGCGCUCGCCGUGCGCGCCUCGCUCUUCCCGUUCGUCCUGAAGCAGACCAGGGCGGGCGUGCUGCUCAACACCGUGAAGGCGCGCGCGCGUGGACCCGACGGAAAACCCCCGGAGACGUUCCGCGAGGUCCUCGCAGCCGCGGGCGAGCUCCGGCGACGCACGAACGCCACCCCGCUCUACUGGCUCGUCGCCGGCCCCGUCGUCCAACUCCCCGUCUUCAUCACCGCCGUCCUCGCCGUGCGCAGGCUGGCGGCGACGCCGGGGAUAGGCAUGGAAAAUGGCGGCGCACUCUGGUUUCCGAACCUCACCGAGGUUGCGCUGCACGUCGACGCGGUGGUGGCGCCGAUGGGGAUGGCGGGCGCCGUGCUCCCUUGCGCGACGGCUGCGGCGCUCUUCCUCAACGUCAACAGCGCGUGGGGUAAGAUUGCAGAGACGAACCGGGGGUUCCAGUUCGUGAAGCUGGCGCUGGAGUGGCUCACGUUGCCCACGCUGCUCGUGGGGAUGGUGCUACCGCAGGCUGUGCACUGCUACUGGCUGCCGAGCAGCGCGUCGGCGCUGGCGCAGAGCUACGCCAUGCGGUCGGAGUGGGGACGUCGGAUGAUUCGCGCUGAUCCGAGGCUGCCGCUGGGAGCCUCGCCGCGAUCCGGGUCGGACGCGAACGCGGCGUCGAACGUGCGGUUCUCGCGUCCGCUGGACGAGACGGAGGAACGGGCGAUGAUGGAGGCUGCGAAGCUCGUGGCGGAUAAGAAAGAGGCGCUCGCCGAAAAGCUUCUGGAGGCGGCGGCGGCGGCGGCGGCGGGCGGGGCGGUUGAUUCGGGCGCUUCGUCGACGGACGGAGCGCACCCUAACCUCCUGUUCGCGCUGGGCCAGACGAGACAGACGCUGAAGCGGUGGAAACUCGCGGCGGAGGCGUACGACGCCUGCGCGGCCGCGGAGGUUCACCCGACGCAGCGCGCGAGGGCGCUUCACGGCGCGGGCGUCGCCAGGGCGCGGCUCGGGGAUCUCCCGGGGGCGGCGAGGCGCCUGGAGGAAGCCAUCGACGCGAGCCAGAGCGCGGGGGUGGCGCACGUGAAGGCGAUGCUGAGCCUGGCGUCGGUGAGGAAGACGGACGGGGAUGCGGCCGGCGCCAUGGAGGCGUUGAGACGCGCGGAGAGGCACGCGCCGGAGGUGAGGGAGCGAUACAUCGAGCCUCUGGAGAGGCAGAUGGCCAAGGAGAAAAAGUCGCGCGGUCGAUGA